CUACAACAGAAGCGGGGAAAACAGGAAGUGAUUCAACUUCUUUCUCUACUGUCUUGCAAAGUCAAUGAGGCAACCCUCGGUGUCUUUCAGCGCCACUUUUUCUGGUGAGGCUGGUCGCUCCAGUCUGUCUUCAUUCAUUCCCAGCAGAGUCAGAUCUUGGACUGAUUCGGGCGCCUGCAUGAAGGGCCACAAGUUGAACUUUGCUUGUAAUUGUUCGCCCAAUAAGAGUCCAAAGGUCCUCCAGUGCUGUCACUGAAUCUUGGGCGUUUUGCAGAGCGUGCAUUGGUAAGUUUUGUCCUUGUUAAUAUGAUCAGAUUUGAGUUUAUUUCCUCUUGUAAUUCACUCAUUUUCUUAAUGUGUCCAGAUGGCUGCUGCUUGGGAAAGUGCCCUUUCUGUGCACCAGAGAAUAGUGGACAAUGGAGGUAUAUUUCUGAUUUUGUUUAAAAAGAUUUUUAUUUCUUUUUACUAUUUAAAUGGAUUCUGCAGCACUAUUUCAUUCACAGAAAAGAUUCUCAGUUGGAAUAAAAACCCAGGCCAGUGUGUAGGAGUUGUGAACUCCUUGCCUUCACAAUCAGUGCUUUGUGGUUUUCCACAUGAUUUGCCACCAUUUAGCUUCCAUUAUCUUGUUAGAGUGCUGGGCAUAUAAGGACAGAGGAUUGAUACUGACUCUGCCAAUAACAGACAAAAGCCCUCUCUUUUUCUGUUGUAAAACCCCCUUCCUGUUUUUUGAAUAAGUAUUUGGUGCCAAAAUCCUUAAAAAAAAAAAAAAAAAAAGACUGUAAAAGUUUGUCACUUGCUAUUGCACUUGAUUUUGUUGGUUGAAAUCACUGCAGCUCUAAAAAUAUUAGACUUUGGCCUGCUGUGUCCUACGUGAUAUUGAUUAAUUUUGAGUAAUGGACCCUGAAGACCUUGACACAGAACCCUGUUAUGUUCCAGAUAAGAGGACAGACCCGUGGCUGCUGGUCUACUCCCCCGUCCCAGUGUCCAUCAUCUUCCUGAUCUACCUGUGUGUGGUCUGGGUCGGCCCUCAUCUGAUGAAACACAGACAACCUGUCGACCUCAAAGUUGUUCUCAUAGUUUAUAACUUUGCCAUGGUUGGCUUGUCUGCCUACAUGUUUCACGAGGUGUGUUUUUGUUGAAACAACAUCAAACCUGAACACAGCACUGUUGGAAACAAUUAGUGGUUAUCAAAGGGUUUAAUUGUGUGUGUAAUUUCUCAUAAUUGCUGCUUUUUGCUUUGGGACAUGUUUUAUAGCACUAGCACUGACGUUGCUGUUAAACUUCUUAUAAAUUCAUUCACAGUUCCUGGUCACAUCAUGGCUCUCCAACUACAGCCUCCUCUGUCAGCCUGUAGACUACAGCACCAGCCCACUAGCAAUGAGGGUGAGUGAGUCUCUGAUCUUUAACAUUUAGCCCUGAAUUUGCUUUUUAUCUAAUACAAAAGCAAAGAAAUCUGGGUCAUGAUUUGAUGUAAGACUCACUUUUCUCCUUUCUGCGUUUCCUCCAGAUGGCCAGAGUCUGCUGGUGGUUUUUCUUUUCCAAAGUCAUCGAGCUCAGUGACACGGUAUAACAUGUAUUCAUGAGAACAUCUGAAAUAUCAGAGAAAAUUAAAGAAACGGAUGAUUUAACCGUCUCUGCUCCUCUCUCUGGACAGAUCUUCUUCAUCCUGAGAAAGAAGAACAGUCAGGUGACUUUCCUUCAUGUUUACCAUCACGCUACCAUGAUCUUCAACUGGUGGGCGGGUGUCAAAUAUGUCGCAGGAGGACAAUGUAAGACGGUUGUUUUAAAUGAUUUUCAAUGCUGUAUUGCAGUUAAUGUGAAAACAUGUCAUAAGUAACAGUAAAUAGUGUUAGCUUGUGGGCGUAGAUUGUUGCUUAAAUCUGAUAAAUCUGGUAAUUUUCUUCAAUUAUAAACGCAUAACUAGUCAUGAUUUGUACUGGGUUCUGUGUCCUAUUGAUUUGCUGAGGGAAACAUUGAAUCAGUCCAAUGUCCACUAUCACAGGCUGCUCAAUAGUCACUCUAUUAUCAACUGUUUAUAAAUCCUCAGCUGAAAGUAGUCCCUCAAACACACCAUUUAGUCACUUUUUAGUAUCGUACUCAGCUGUUUACACAAAACCUCUAUUCAAAAUGAAACAACAAAUGCUUUUAGUCCUUUGCACAGCCCUUGUUUCAUGAACAUUAAGAGCUUGCACAAACUGAAGAAUGCUGAAAAAGGUUUACUGUCAUUCCGCUGCAUGCCUGCUGCCUUAUACUCCAUUCAGUAAACUGCACUUAUAUUUUUUUAUAAGUUUUUAUGAAACUUUUUAAACUUUUUAAAAACUUUUUUAUAAGUUUUAUAAGUUCACUGUUUUUGAAAUCUAACAGCUGCUCUGAUUGCUUUUGCUCAUCCCUCAGCCUUCUUCAUCGGCUUGGUUAACACAUUCGUCCACAUAGUGAUGUAUUCUUACUAUGGCCUGGCUGCCAUCGGCCCUCACAUGCAGAAGUAUCUCUGGUGGAAGAAGUAUCUCACCUCUCUGCAGCUGGUGAGUCCUGCUUUAAAGGAACUGUGAGUAUACAGACCCUCUCUCAUGGUGAAAUAAGCCAUUAUGACCCGCUCUUGCCUGUCCCUCCAGGUGCAGUUCAUGCUUUUCCUCUUUCACACCGGCUACAACCUGUUCACCGAGUGCGACUUCCCCGACUCCUUUAAUGUGGUGGUGUUUGGUUACUGCGUCACCCUCAUCAUCCUCUUCAGUAACUUCUACUAUCAGAGCUACCUCAACAAGAAGAAGCAGAAAUAAGACUGAAAACACACUCUGUAUGAGAGACACUGACACAAUGGUGUGGCCAUGUUGUCAGCGGGUGCCUGCAGUACUCAGCAGAUUCCAGUAGAGGGAGCAACAUGCCCACAGUUUGGUGGUUUUACUCCAGGUGCUUGGCCAGCCAAACUUGAACACUGAUAUGAGUUUGUCCAAAAAAGUUAGUCAGACAUAAAGAAAGACAAAUGCAUCAUGAUGAUCAUACAAUUAUUUAUUUCUUAUUAGAGAAAGGACAAACAUUCAAAUAACUGUUGUAAACAAACUGUACAUUUUUUACAUAUUAUAAUAAAGUAGGUUGUUUCUCUGCAUUAUUGCUGAGUUAUGGGUUCGAACCUCCUCCAGAGAUCAAUCAAAGAAAACAAAAAUAAAUCAAUAACAAAAUACAGAAAUGCAAACAUUUUUUUUCCACUGUUACAACGACACAGCAAAAUGAUAUAAUCUUUUCUCACUUCAUUUUAAAACAGAGUGAAAUAUGUAGAUCAGAGAGGAAAACAUUAAAAAAGACAGCAAGGGCGGUUUUGUAAUUACAGGUCAACACUGAGUCUGAAAAACUGAAUUUUUGAGCUUGAAAUAUGACGUGUGUGAAAGUGUUAGCACCAGUGUGUCCAAAUUAGACUCUGUAAAAUGAUGAGUGAUAGUGAACCAAAGAAAGAAAACACAGAUACUUAAAAGACUAACAGGGUUGUGUCAAUAAGGGGAAGCCACAGCAGCUGUCUUCCAGGUGGAAAUUGAACAAGGUGCCUUUAUUCACUCAAGGCCAAUCUCAUAAACACAUGAAGUGCUAUUCCAUCCACCUGAGUAUUAAACUUUCUCAGCUGUCUUUGCAAAUGUUUUUCACAGGAUGCAAAAAGAGGGUAGAAAUCAAAACACUGACUAGGUUUUGCAUGUCUUACAUUAACUGUUUACCAGAUCACACUGGCCAUACAAUGUAAUCUCUGCUUUUCACAGCCUCCAGGCCACAUUAUGUCAUAAAUAAAUCUCAUUUGUUUGGUGAAGACUGUGUGGGUCAAAAGCAGCGGAUUCUUUACUUUAAUGUCAUUGAUUUUUACAAGAUAUACCAUGAUUCAUAUUCUAUAUGAAUUAAGGCUUUUUACCUUGUCCCCUACUCAAGAAAGCCCCCGUGGCUUCCCCAUAGUGACAGUAUUUCAAAAGAGUACCUGGAUUGUACCUACCAACCUGAGCACAUCUCUUUUUUUCCCUAUUGGGACUGACGGGGUUAUUUUUUUAAAACCGUAAUUCUUCAUCUUUGUUGGCGAGGUGAGACUUCCCUGUCAUUUUUCAGGCUUGUUUUAAUCAUUUUAAAUCUAUGGUUAGGGUUUUAAAUUUCAUUUUUUAACCUUUUUUUCCAGAGGAGUUUUUCAAGGCUUAUAACCCAGUGGUCCCCAAGCUGUGGUUCAGGGCUGAGGCAGAAUUAAAAGACAAAUUUGAAGGCUCAAACAGCUGUCAUACUUUCAAGGCACUACACUUGUUUUUGCCAGAGCCAUAUUACAAACUGAAUGACCAAAGAGACAUUUGACAUCCAACAACAUUGGUUCCAACAAUAGUGCAGCUUUGCAUCUGUUAUUAGACUCUCCCUGCCUGGUAAAUGCUGGAAUACCUUACACUCCAGGUCCACUUCUAGUUUGGGACACAGAUUUUUGCCUGAUUCCAGGAACACCAUCGUCACCAUGAUAUCACUUUGACAUCACUGGUGGUUUUUAUGGUUGAGUAAGAUUAUUAUUUCUACUAUUACAACAGGGAAUACCUCCAAAUGUGUUUUUAAGCAACUGGUGCUGACACAUUCUGUGAGGGGAUACAAGCCAAAGUGUUCCAGUCCCUCUAUAAUCACUUACUUGGACUCAAAGAGAAGUGAAAUGUGCCACAACCAUUGAGACUACGGUAAGAAGUGAGACACACUGCAGUGCUCAUCGGUUUCUUCGAGCCUGUUUCCUGAUGUGAUGUCUGUGGAAGAAAUUGGACAGCAAACUGCUGGAGGAGGUGUGCUGAAGCGUGCCCUGCUCUGGUGCUGCUCUAUGUCUCUGUGUAGACGGAGGACAUGUGGCUCAGACUGCGGUCAAAGCUUCCCACCUGGAAGAAGAUGCUUUCCUCUGGGCUUGAGGAGAACUGGCAUCCACCGCCACCUUGAAGCUCCUGGGUCAAGCUAAAGCCUGGAGCAGAGGAGAAAAAAGAGCAGCCAGUUAAACAUUUAGAUGAGAUUGUCCAGGUCGUAAUUCAGGCGAGUUGGCUCUGAGUGAAAUUUUCUCACCUGGUGUGCCUGUGUUGUUGGUUGGCAUAUGGAAGUUGUUGUGCUGAUGGGAAUUGUAUGCGUGAGAAUCUCCUGGGACUUGGAUGCCACCAACUGUCUGCUCCAUCCUGUAGGAGUCUCCGAAGUGGAAGCAGCUCUGAAAGCUGCCUUGGUAUUCUAGGAGGAGAAAGAGGAAAAAUAGAAACCAGAUUUGAUUGACUAACUAUUAUCUAUGGUCGAUUGUUUCAGAGGUAAGUAAGCGUUCUCUUCAUUCGGCUGAAACCUGAUUUGGAUCAGAAUUGUGUGACAAUGUUAUAUUUGUGUUUUUGCUAUCUGUGCCAGCCCUGCAGUAUGUUGCAUCUGUCCUCAUCGUCUCAGUCUGGACGACCGCAGGAGUCACGAUAAUGGGGAAGCAGUCUAUCCUUGGGUGCUUUUACGCAACUCCCUGACCACAGUGUGGUUUGAGAAACGCUCAUGUGUAGAUCUUUACAGGGAAAACAGUGUUUAAGGCGCUAGGAAAAAGGCUUUGGAGUGACAGCUGAGCCUGCCAUGUUAGGGCGCCGAGAGACAGCUGAGCACAUGAGCCAGCAUUUUGUUGGCCAAUUCAGCGCAGGAGAAAGGCUUCCGGCAUGUGGUUUUCUCCGCUCUGCCUCGAUGGUUCUAAUCUUACUCCAUCCUAAAAGCACUCUGAUGUAGCCACGGGGAAGAAUCGCUGCUCUGAGAGACAACUUCCUCCCUUUUUAGACCUUUCAUGUGGGUGUGCUGGUGCAGUACGCGUUUGAAAAAGAGACACAGGGUUGUUCUCAUGCAUAUUCAAGUGAUCUGACUCUUAAUUCCCUCACAGGAAGUUCUAUGAAAGUAAUACCUUCUACAUGUUUCUGAACCACCUGCCACAGGAAAUAAAAAUCAGGAUAUUAAAUUGAAAUGCCAAUGAACAUUUCUUGAAUUCACGUCAGGGUGGAUUUCCUGAAACAAGCUCAGCAGGAAGUCUUUGGGUUAACCUUACCGUCGCUGGCAAGCUGAUGGUGGUGAUAGUGGGAGUACGGCUUGUGUUGAGGGUGGACAUGCUGUUUCUCCAGAGGAGGCGGAGGAGGAGGCGUCCCGGUUCCCUUCAUCCCUGGAGACAGGAGGGGACCUGACACCCUGAAGGAGACGCAGAAAAGGGUAGUCAAACAUGCGUGAAUAUUAAGACAUCCAAAUCUAUUAUUAGUUCCUUUAAAGACAGCGUCACAAAUUUCUCAGUAUAAUGUCUUCAUGCUUCGUCAAAGCCGUCACGACACGCCAGCUCUCCAAACACAUGAUCCGACAAACCCAGCCGAGCGUUUUAGUGAUCUUGAACGGACAGAAGAAGAAACAUUCCAGGCAUGUGGAAACUUGGGCUCCCCACAUGUAAUCGUCCUCCUACCACAUAUUAUGAUCUUAAGUCAACAAACAGCAGAGUGUGCAUUCAACUAAAACCACCCCCUCCUCACAUGCACACACACACACACGCACGCACGCACGCACGCACGCACGCACGCACGCACGCACGCACACACACACACACUGCCCACAUUGCAGUAACUACAGGCUUUGUGGCCUCCAAAGAAUAAAGCACAAUAGUGUUUACAUUCAUGACUUUGGAGAAAGAAAAAUAUAAAGCUGACAUGUUUGUGACUUUGUGGACUUUAACAGCUUGGAUAACAACUCAAAUGACCAAGCCGGCUUAUUUUUGUGGGUAUUGAUCAUUUAAAUAAAAGAUCUGAUCCAGCAGUCUGAAAUCUCAGACUUCUUUCUAGUGGAGUGUACCGCCAAGUGUUUGUUGGUCAUACCAUCUAAGGUCGCUCUCUGCGCUGGGAAAACCACGUUGUAAAGAUCACAGAAACGAGUGAAAUAUUACAGUAAUACCAGCUGAUGGUAAUUCCCCCUUUUAGCGUCACGCUUAAAUUGGUUCAACCCCAAAAAAACAUAGAGUGAAAUUAAAGACUCUCCAGCGUGCUUCGGUGAGGUUACGCAGAAGCUGUCAGCAGCAUCAGAGACCACGCUCUGUCUAACAUCAUAUCAAAAGUAUGCUGAUAUCAUGGUGGUUGUUAUUUAUUUAAAUUGUUGUCUCUGCUCAAAAGUGUGCACAUCAAUGGAUUUCUAAAUAUUUGGAGAAUUACAUCAUGCAUUUUAAGGGGAACUCCACCUCGAAUCAAAGUUGUACAAGCAUCAAAAGGAUUGUUAAACCUCUUUUUGAAAUGCCUCGAGCACCUGAGUCAACUUUGCAUCAAAGUCCCCUCUGUGGUCUCACUGGGUCAUGAAGAGUGAUAUUCCCAUUAGCAUAGCAAAAACCUGGCUUGAAUCUCUUUAAAGGCACAGAGUGAUAUUUUUCAUAAACGUCUUGGUGGGAGUUAAAUAUGAAAGUAGUCACUACUCAUGUCUGCACAGUCCGUGUGAAGCUGAAAAAGAAUAAGCCCACAUAGAUAAUGGAUUAUACAUAUAUUUAUGAUGUGUUACAAUUUGCUUAAAAACUUGUAUAACUAUCAUUAUAAACACUCAUAAAUGAUCAUAAUGCUUUAUAGCUAUGAUCAUAACAUAUAAUAAAGCAUUUUAUCAUGACUUACAAGGUCAGGUAUUAUAAUGUGUUAUAACUGUUAACAACACACUGACGAUGCCCACAUAGAUAAUGCAUUAUACAUAUAUUUAUGAUGUGUUAUAAUUUGCUUAUAAACUUGUAUAACUAUCAUUAUAAACACUCAUAAAUGAUUAUAAGGCUUUAUAACAAUAAGCAUAACACAUUAUAAUACCUGAUCUUGUGAGUCAUGAUAAAAUGCUUUAUUAUAUAUAUAUAUUAUUAUAUGUUAUGAUUAUUGCUAUAAAGCAUUAUGACUAUUUAUGAGUGUUUAUAACCAUGGUUAUACAGUGCUAUAACGUGAUUAUAAUGCAUUAUACAUAUAUUUAUAAUGCAUUAUGGAGAUAGGCGUCAAGUAAAGUGUUAUCGAUAUAUGCAUCAUAAGAACAUUUUAAAGCUGUAUAAAUGCUACUACAAGGUUUUAUAACAUCAUAUAUGCCAUAAUAAGCAAUUAUAACAGCUUAUAGCCGCAUUUGUGAAGAGGGUGAGCAUAAUGCAUAUGAGUUGUUUAACAAGUACAUGUUUCUAUAACACAUUUAUAAGGGCUUAUAAGCAGUAUUUUGUAGCUGUAAGUAAAAUGUAUGACAAAACUACCUCCCCUCCAAAAAUACCCUUAGAUAAUUGAAACUUUUUUUGGUAUUAUGCAUGAUAAACUACUCCUUCACAGGCAAAGUGAAUUAAAAAAAAAAAAAAAAGAUGUUGCUGAUGGUUUGCUCGUUAAAUUCAUAAGGAGACACUAGUAUUAAUUUAAGUUUGUUUCAUAACAGAUAAACAUUUCACAUAGGAGCUUUAAUGUUUGACAUUAACCUAAUAGGACAGAAAUUUACUCAAAUCCUGCCUGUAAAAACAGAGAAGGCCAAUCACUCCCCAAAAUAUUCAGCAGCCACUUAGUGCCCUCUCAUGAGUGCACAUCAGGAAUGCCAACACAUAAACUGCUGCUGUGUUACUAUGUGCUGCUUAGCUGUGGAAGCAUAUGGUUUACACUAAGCGCUAUAUGAAUGUGAUGACAGAGUGCCGCUGGAGGCAGACAAGCCCUCAAAUAACUGCUCGGCUGGCCUGGCUGGAGCCUACAAAAUGACCUACUGCUUCAUGCAUGGGGCUUCCUGGACAGCAAAAAGUAGCCCGCUAUGUGUACAAAAUGUGGCUAAGGAAGGCUGAAGAUGUCAAACAAAGGUGUGUGAUUCUUAACACACUUUCAUCAGGGACGUACAGUAGCUUUAAACUCGUGUUUUUGCCUCCAUUACUUCUAUCCAUCACAAAACUAUAUAAUCAAUACAUUUUGGCAUACUUUUUAAAGUUGUUGAUGCAUAUUUGCUUAAGUAUAAGAUCCUACUGACUUUAGUGCAGAGAAAACUGACCAGCAAACUGCUCCAAAGGAAACAAAAAGAAACAGUGCAAAUUCAUACAAUUUAAUAUGGUCUGAUGGCAUUGAUUCAAUGGGAGAGACUAAAAUGAAAAAUAAGUUUGUCAGACUUGCUCUAUGAAAUAAUUUCACAUAUGGUGAGUUUUAAAAUAUUGCACCACCCAGCUCAAUAUACAGUAAUUAAUGAACUUAACCAAAAUGAUUACAGACAGGGAAACUUUUACUGACAUUUUUAGACUUAAAUUGUUGGUAUUUUAAGCUUUUGUGAGGAUCUGUUGGUUUGUUUCAAUUUUGGCACCUUAGGUGGAGAAAACAGUUCCUCUAAUCUCUUCGCUGGUUUUAUCCUUUAAAUGUCCAACCAGUACAGAGAAGUAUUCACUUAAGGGAAAGAAUCUGCUUUGUACAGAAUUAACACGAUAAUAACUUCAUAGAUGCAAACCUUUUGCUGUGUUUUUCCGAUUUCUUGGGUUUCUAAGUCAGUUUUUCUAAGAAAAACAAUUUUGAUCCAUAAAAUCUUCUCAUAAUUCUGAGAUAAUUAUCUUGCUAAUUUAGAAUAACAGGGAAAAAUAUUUAAUUUUCAAAAAGUUAUCAUGUAAUCCUGAGAACAGAGACCUUGAUAUUUCAGAAAAAGGGGUUUUAUUUACUCAAGUGAAAAAAAAUCAUGUCCUGCAUUUCCCAUGUCCCAGAUUUUUUGUCAUGGAAAUGAAAAAAAUCGUUGUAAAAACUCCAAACAAAAGCCUUAAAGUACUUUUUUUGCCAGCACUUUUGACAGCAUAUCAGAAAACACUCUUUUUGUGGUAUGGAAACAAAAGUGCUGUAGCCUAUUGGUAACUUGUCUAAGGUCAAUAUACCCCUCGAUUCAGUGCUCAUUCCUUUAAGAGACAAAAAUGAGAAAACAUUGCACGGACUAUUGGCACAUCUUCAAAUUUAAGCGAUAAGGCUGAGUUUUAUGGAAAAAACAAAUCUUUCAAACUUUCUGCAUUGGUUUUUCUCUCUGAGCCUCCUUUCUAUCAACAUGUUCAUCUGGGCAUCAAAUGCACUGUAAAUGCACUGCACUUGACCUCUUGUGUCCACCUCCUGAAAUUGGGGAAGCUUGUGUGGCACCUGGUGUCAGUCUGGCUCUAAAGAAGCUAGCUGUUAGCGAGCGUAGCUAAUCCAUGGGUUGGCAUGGGCCCAGUGCGUGGCCAUGUGGUCCUGCAGAGAGCAGCAUUCCCCCAGGAGCUGCUGUCAGCACAAACUCAGGAAACAGUUAUACUGUUCAUAUUUUUACAAGCUGCCUCUAUGUGCAGCUAAAGUGAAUCAUAAGCUAAUCACUGCCAGCUGCCCACAGACUCUGCUCAUGCUGGACUCUGGCUUGCUCUUGACUGAGGCUGGAGGUAUGAGGGGAAUCUUUCAUAUUCCGCAUUAAUCUCUGACCUGAUAUUCAUCUUCACUGACCAUCCUGUAUUACUCCACUUUUUCCAGCCAGCCCACCCACUCAUGUCUCACGGCAAUGAGAAAGUGAUUUGACCUUUGACCUGUUGAUUCUUAAAGACAGGGAUUGAUCUGAUUUCGGGGUGAGGCGAUGAGAUUGAUGAAGUAAAUUUCUGAGAGGGUUUAGAGAUUGUCGACAGACGUGUAAACUAACUUCUGUGCUGUCUGUUAGAGCGACAUCCUUUCAGCUCUGUUUCGUGAAGAUAGCAGCGUGGGUAAGAGGUGCCAGCAUGAUCAUUUCUUCAGUGAUUAGCAUGGGGUUUCUGAGACCUCCCUCUUCACUUAUGAAAAUAUGGCUCAGUGACUUAAAACUCGAGUGUCUCAGCGACUUUUCCUGUGAGUAAUAUGGGAAAGCUGAUGUCAUUCUAGGAGGGAGAUUUAGUAAAGUUCAUGACCUAGCUGUACGCCUGGAGCCCAGACAACAGGACUUGUAUUGAGGUAAGCCUGAGCAGAUUAUUGUCCAGAAAUGUAACAAAAAAGUUGAUGAACUCUUGUUGUGUGAAAGAAAAGCAGUCCUGGCGGAGUCUUGGCUCUUUGUACUGAGGCAUGAUGGGAUGGAAAGAAAAACCUGAAGAUUCAUGAGCACUGCUGCUCUGCUGCUCGUUCGUCUUCCUUCACCUGCAGCUAGCUGUCCCACCAGGGAGCGGGGAUCAGACUCCAUCCUCCAAAGACUUUACGUUCUCGACAAACACCCUCCGCCCCCUCCUCUCAUCUGCUCCCUUAGCAGCCGACAUUAAGCUCCUCUGAUGGAUGACAGGGUCUUCUUUGGCAUAGACUGGUGGGAACGCUUCUGGUUCUGGUUAGCAAACUAAAGCUGUGCUUGAGAGACAGACUAUAGCAUCCUGGCUAAAGCUAAGCUAACACUAAGCCAGCCCUGCAGGCCUCAGUGUGAAGACUACAUUUAGGGCUUUGGAUACUUUUGGGGCCUUAAAGCUCUUUGAAAGCCCCGGUAAGACAACUGCUCUAAACACAAAGGAUCUGUCCUUAAUCACCAUCAUUCUUGGACAAAAUAUUGACGAUAUAACAUCUGAAUCUUUAGCGUGAGUUAACCGUUUGUGCUGAUGGGUUUAAAUAAAGACUAGCGUCGAUUAAAGACUGGGCAUUAAUAGCAGAGAAUGAGUUACUGACCACACUCUGUCGUGAGCAACCACCCCAAAAAAUGUUUUUGUUUGGGCUGCGAGGUUGACACUCGUUUUCUGGAUCACUGCGUUGACUGAUAAUGACUGGAAGUCAACAGUGUCGGGUUAUGAGCGGCGAACGUCCCCCUUCACUGCCCAAACUCUUAAUGUAGCUCUGUGGCGUCCCUGCUGCCACUCUAAUUCAAUUACCCUACGUCAAUCACUGCUGAGGUAUCAAACCACCUCAGACCAAUAUUUACAGAGGGGCUCUAAUAUCAAUACGCAGGUAACGGCUGCAUACUCGCCCCUCUGCAAUUAUAUAACCACAUAUGGCCGAGGCAGUGAAUGACAACAUUUACCACCCAUCCCUCUGUGAGCACACGCUGCUGUGGUGGAGCAGCCGUUUCCAUGAUAGCUGCUGCACACACACACACUCAAACACAAAUACACACUUACACACACAUGCACAAGAUCGCAAAAUGUAUUUUAACUGGCAUAUUUUAAUAUUAGCUUCAGAAAAAUGACACUGGUAUUUAGAGAGUAAAAGGAGUCUAAAUGGCCCAUUUGAGCCAGAGUAAACACAUUUAGCUAUGAGGUCAGAGGCUGCCACACUAGAGGCAGGUUAGUUUGAUAAUUUUGUCAAAAUGUUUAAUGUCCUGCUAAACCGUUUGGGAAAAACAAGUGCGGCGCUGAUAUUGACUUUGGCAGCAGGCUGUAUACUCAAGGCUUUAAAACAUGUAAAUCAAAUGCUCCAUCUUCAGGCUAAUGUGAGUAGACGUUUCAUGCCCGGCUCGUUGCUCUGUAGGUCCCUGCCACAACUCUGCUUAUUUGACUCUCAACCCCACCCUCAGUGCGUUAUCCUGUGAUGAACAGAUAGGGCGACACAGUGUGUGUGUGAGUGUGUGUGUCAUAGCUUUUAGGUGAAACAUCUUGAUUUGAUGAAAUUUCCAAGUGUGGAAAUUUCUGUCAUUUUAAUGCAGCAUUGUAAUCGCAUAACAAGCGUGAGCUGAAGCUGGAGUGGGAGGGGGAGGACAAACAUGAACCUGAAUGGCAUUUUGGAUACUUAUGUUGCAGAACAAAUGGGACUCGAACUGCACAACGCAGACAUUUAGAAGCUCCUCAUCAAGCCUCAGAGGGAGAAACCCCCAUCAUAGGGCUGGGUGAUAUGGGAAAAAGUUUAUCACAAUAUAUUUUUUUCAUAUCAGAUGAUAUCGAUAUAUAUCACGAUAUAAAAAAUGAAAUUGAAGAGUGCCUAUUGGUAGCAUGUCUUUUGCAAUACAAUAAGCUACUGCAUCUGUGAGGUCUUUGUGUUUCUUCAACAUUUUGUCGUAAGGCGUUGCAGUAGAGAAAGCAGAAUGGUUGGCUGUUUCGGCUGCACAGGCGCCAUGGGCUCCUUUCUCCGCUCGGGUUUGUAACCUUUUGCAUUGUGCAUGCUCUGCUGUGUGGCACUGCUUCAGGUGGUGAUAAAGAUUUGAGGUAUUCCCUGACUUUACGAGAACAUGUACUUGACAUAAUUUGCUGUGCGCAUUACUCUGCUUCAUGUCCGAUUUUGUACGUUUUCAUGCCAGUGUUGUCAACGAUGUCUUCAUCUGUUGAGCCUUCAUCUGCAUUUCUGUCAGGGGUAGCACUCAUUUUCUUUUUUCUCACUGACAGUGCUUUCGGCUUCUCGUGUUAAAAUGCUAUAGUUGCGUGUAGCUGCAGCCUGCUACUACGCAGUCAUUUGCUACUUGGUUCUACUUUAGCACAUGAUUGGUUCAGUGCGAAGCGGACCCGGAGUAACUCCCCUUUCAUUGGCUAUUCGUAUAGUCUACCAAAACAUGGUAGAAUUCCAACAAUUGAAAAUGAUACUGACCAUGUUUUAUAUUGAUAUUGAGGGAAAUUAAUUUUUGAUAUAUAUCGUUGUCGUUUUAUCGCCCAGCUCUACCCCAUCAUACCUUUACUACGUCACCCUGCAUGUGUAACCACUGUUACAGCAUCCCCUACCCAGGUCCUUUUCAGUUUCUAUCCCUCUCACUGUGCUGGUAAUUGUGCCCGCCAUCAAGAAAGAGGCGCUGCAGCCACAACGUAAUUUCAUCAGCCUUCUCCUCCUGUUUUUAAGGCUUGAAACAACACAUCACCUUCCAGCUGCUUUCAGACCGGUCGAGCGUCUCUCUGCUGCACUUGGACGUUUACAUCCAGACGGUUUUGCCGCCUCGGCUCGCUGCUCUGUUUGUGCUGGAAGUCUGCUGUGCCUCACACCCCAAUCACUCGCAAUCAUGUGUGUUUCCUGGAUUACUAUAUGUAAACUCCACUCACUCACACACACUCCCACACACUGAGACACACAUGUGCACACACAUGCAUGGCUCUUAAGAGUAAGAAAGCUUUCAAAUCUCAUUCUCUCAUGAGCCGGUGCUGUAUAUACUCCAGUGAAAGUGCAUAUACACACAGACACCUAAAGAGUGGACCACAGGGUUAAAAUAAAGCAUGUUUACGUAACACAAUCACUUUUGUAACACAGGGUUUAUCAUGCCUGAUUCCAUCCACUCUUUCUCAAUGUUAUUAAACUGUAAAAGAGUGUUUUCCUUUUCCACCUCCCUGGUUUUCGGCACUUUCUUUAGUACAGUACACACUGUGCCUCCUGACGACACUUGGGCUCUGUGUUUCUGCUCCGCUGGGAAAUCUUCUGCACUAAUAGGAAACAUGCUGAGUCUCUCACACGUACACUCACACACAGGACAAAUAAAAAUUGAUACAUGAAAAGAGCGGUCACUUCUGCCCAAGUUUUCUUGUGCAACAAGGCAGCAUUUGUGCAAACUGCAGGUUUUCCAAGCACAGUUAGAGGCAGCUCUUUCGAAAAUCGUGUUUUACGGUUUCCUAUAUUUUCUCAUUCAAGUUAAUCUUUAUCAUAAUAAGCUGCUCCAUAUUUUCUGACAUACAAGCACAUACAUCAUUAUGAAGUUUGAUAUACAAACUGACUGAAAGUGAAGUUUCAUAGCAGUUUUGAAAUGC